AUGGCGCCCCAACCUCACUCCUUUCUUUUGCACUUGGUGGGAUCCGGAAAGUUCAGCGACUUCACUCUCAUUUGCAAGGAUCGCGAGUUCAAGCUUCACCAGGUGAUCGUUUGCCCUCAGUCGCCUGUUAUCAGCGCUGCGCUUCACAGCGGCUUUGAGGAAACAACAUCAAAGGUCGUCAAUGUCAAUGAAUUCGAUGUUGCGACCGUUCAGAGCAUGGUCACAUUCCUCUACACCGGAGACUACGAACUCGCUCCCGAAACCGAGAAGCCUGUUCAGGUCAAAGACCGCGAUAAAAAGAGUGAGGAUGACGAAGUCCAUGGCGACGAAGACAAAAUGUCAGAAGAUUCGUUCGCGUCGUCUGAAGAGACAGAGGACAAGACUGCCGAAAAGAUAAUAUCCCACCUUCGCGUCAACGCAAUCGCGGACUACUACAACAUCGCAAAGCUGGGCAAGCUUUCGAAUUCAAAGAUCGAGGCCAUUCUCCGGGACGAUUUGAACUUUUUGAUCAUUCCUCAGGUCAUCCAGGAGAUGUCCAUCUCAAACAGAGACGCAGAUCUCCGCUCGCUCAUCGCCUCGGCUACGGCCAAGUACAUCGAAGAACUCACCUCGUCGCAAGUCCUUCGGGCUCUCGACCUUGAACACAAUCUCGCGAUUGAGAUACUUGAGGCCUGCGGUCGGCGGAUCCAAAAGCUCGUGGAAGACGUGAGCACUGCUAGAGAAUUACGACAAGUCCAAGAGCGAGUCAGAACCCUCUCCAUUGCGAAGAUCAGCAGCGCCAUCGACCUCUUGAAGAAAACCAGUAGAUGCCGCCAUUGCAACAAUUUAUUCGGGUGCUACAUCGAGGAGCCCGCUAGCGUCCUUACCGGGGUAUCUGCCUACGUUCUUCGUUGCGAAAGCUGUGGCUGUCGCCAUUCAUGA